GGCGCGGUGAGCGGCCAGCCCGGGAGGGCGCCGGGGAGAGCAGCGGAGGAGAGACACAGGCGGGGAGCGGAGCCCCGCGGCCCUCCCCGGGGGCGGCACCCACCCGGAGCCGGACUCCGCUGAGCCCGAGGACAGGAGGACACGCAGGGAGCCGGGGCGCUGGUGGCUACCGGCAGAGGCCUCGGCGGCAAGAUGCCGGUUCGCAGGGGACACGUCGCGCCCCAAAACACUUACCUGGACACCAUCAUCCGCAAGUUCGAGGGCCAAAGUCGGAAGUUCCUGAUUGCCAAUGCUCAGAUGGAGAAUUGCGCCAUCAUUUACUGCAACGACGGCUUCUGUGAACUCUUCGGCUACUCCCGAGUGGAAGUGAUGCAGAGACCGUGUACCUGUGACUUCCUUACAGGCCCCAACACCCCACGCAGUGCCAUGUCCCGCCUGGCACAGGCCCUGCUGGGGGCUGAGGAGUGCAAGGUGGACAUCCUCUACUACCGAAAGGAUGCCUCCAGCUUCCGCUGCCUGGUGGACGUGGUGCCCGUGAAGAACGAGGAUGGGGCCGUCAUCAUGUUCAUCCUCAACUUUGAGGACCUGGCCCAGCUCCUGGCCAAGAGAGGGAGCCGCAGCCUGUCCCAGCGCCUGCUGUCCCCGAGCUUCCUGGGCUCUGAGGGCUCUCACGGCAGGCCGGGUACGCAGGGACCUGGCCCGGGCAGGGUCAAGUACAGGACUAUCAGCCAGAUCCCGCAGUUCACGCUCAACUUUGUGGAAUUCAACCUGGAGAAGCACCGCUCGGGCUCCACCACGGAGAUCGAGAUCAUCGCGCCCCACAAGGUGGUGGAGCGGACCCAGAACGUCACCGAGAAGGUCACCCAGGUCCUGUCCCUGGGGGCGGACGUGCUGCCUGAGUACAAGCUGCAGGCGCCGCGCAUCCACCGUGGGACCCUCCUGCACUACAGCCCCUUCAAGGCCGUGUGGGACUGGCUCAUCCUGCUGCUGGUCAUCUACACCGCCGUCUUCACGCCCUACUCGGCCGCCUUCCUGCUCAGCGACCAGGACGAGUCUCGGCGUGGGGACUGCGGCUACACCUGCAGCCCGCUCACCGUGGUGGACCUCAUCGUGGACAUCAUGUUCGUCGUGGACAUUGUCAUCAACUUCCGCACCACGUACGUCAACACCAACGACGAGGUGGUCAGCCACCCCCGCCGCAUCGCCGUCCACUACUUCAAGGGCUGGUUCCUCAUCGACAUGGUGGCCGCCAUCCCCUUCGACCUGCUCAUCUUCCGCACCGGCUCCGAUGAGACCACAACCCUAAUCGGGCUGCUGAAGACAGCAAGGCUGCUGCGGCUGGUGCGGGUGGCUCGGAAGCUGGACCGCUACUCGGAGUACGGGGCAGCUGUGCUCUUCCUGCUCAUGUGCACCUUUGCGCUCAUCGCGCACUGGCUGGCCUGCAUCUGGUACGCCAUCGGCAACGUGGAGCGGCCCUACCUGGAGCCCAAGAUCGGCUGGCUGGACAGCCUGGGCGCACAACUCGGCAAGCGCUACAAUGGCAGUGACCCAGCGUCGGGCCCCUCGGUGCAGGACAAGUAUGUCACAGCCCUCUACUUCACCUUCAGCAGCCUUACCAGCGUGGGCUUCGGCAACGUCUCGCCCAACACCAACUCUGAAAAGGUCUUCUCCAUCUGCGUCAUGCUCAUCGGCUCCCUCAUGUACGCCAGCAUCUUUGGCAACGUGUCCGCCAUCAUCCAGCGCCUGUACUCGGGCACGGCGCGCUACCACACCCAGAUGCUGCGAGUCAAGGAGUUCAUCCGCUUCCACCAGAUCCCCAACCCGCUGCGGCAGCGCCUGGAAGAGUACUUCCAGCACGCCUGGUCCUACACCAACGGCAUCGACAUGAACGCGGUGCUGAAGGGCUUCCCCGAGUGCCUGCAGGCCGACAUCUGCCUGCACCUGCACCGCGCGCUGCUGCAGCACUGCCCGGCCUUCCACGGCGCCAGCAAGGGCUGCCUCCGCGCGCUCGCCGUCAAGUUCAAGACGACGCACGCGCCGCCCGGGGACACGCUGGUGCACCUCGGCGACGUGCUCUCCACACUCUACUUCAUCUCCCGCGGCUCCAUCGAGAUCCUGCGCGACGAUGUGGUGGUGGCCAUCCUAGGGAAGAAUGACAUCUUUGGGGAGCCUGUUAGCCUCCACGCCCGGCCGGGCAAGUCCAGUGCAGACGUACGGGCCCUGACCUACUGUGACCUGCACAAGAUCCAGCGGGCAGACCUGCUGGAGGUGCUGGACAUGUACCCCGCCUUCGCAGACAGCUUCUGGAGUAAGCUGGAAGUCACCUUCAACCUGCGGGACGCAGGCGGAGGUCUCCAGUCAUCACCCCAGCAGGCUUCAGGCAGCCAGGACCACCAAGGCUUCUUCCUCAGUGACAACCAGUCAGCCGGCCCCCUGAAGCUGGGGCCCCAGCCCCCCUCCCAGGGCUACAACCUUUUGGGUCCUGGAAGCCAGACCUCUUUGGGGGCAGGACCUCGUACUCCAGGGCACCCAGGUGCAGCCCCUUCCCUGAGCAUCUCAGAUGCAUCUGGCCUCUGGCCUGAGUUGCUGCAGCAAGUGCCCCCAAGGCCAAGUCACAGCCCCCCAAACCCUCAAGGAGACCCAGACUGCUGGCCUCGGGAGCUAGGUUCCAGGCUAGAGCAGCUCCAGGCCCAGAUGAACAGGCUGGAGUCCCGGAUGUCCGCAGACCUCAGCCGCAUCCUGCAGCUCCUUCAGCAGCCCUUGCCCCAGGACCACACUGGCUACAUUCUGGGAGCCCCUGCCUCCAAUGACCUGGCCUUGUUUCCUGUGAGCUCAGUGACUCAGAGGCCAGGAGCUGGACUACCCCAGGGCGAUGUGCCCCCUGCACAGACCCCAAGCUAUGGUGACUCAGAUGAAUGGAGCCUGAAGCGCAGCAACUCCUCCUCCAAGCUGCCCCCUCUGGCUAUGGACAUAGACAAAACUCUGACACUGUGUUCUGAAGAGGAGCAGCCUGAGGGGCUCCUGUCACCCCUGGCCUCCCCUCUGCAUCCCCUGGAGGUACAGGGACUCGUCUGUGGCCCCCGCUUUCCCUCCCUCCCUGAACACCUCAGCUCUGUCCCCAAACAGCUGGAGGUCCAGAGACAUGGCUCAGAUCCUGGAUUUGCAGGGAAUUAGAGCCACUGAACCCCAAGAUAAAAGACGCCAUGAAGGAACUGAAGGUGGGUGAGGUGACAGUUAAGGAUUUAGGGACGCCUCUGAGAACCAUUCACCUAGAGUAGCUACAAAUGGCCAGUCCAGGUGACCCAGGAUGGCAUGGAUGAAGAGGCUCAGGACUUUUCUGACACCCCCCCCGCCCCCCCGCCACCGCCGGGGUUGUUUAGGUGGCCGGCCUGGUGGGGGUGGGUGAGCUUAGAUGUGGAGGUAGCUUAUGGGACAGAGGGGCCUGUGAAGAAAGGAGACACUUCUGAUCUUCUGUGUGACGGCCUUGCUCUGUGCUGGGUACAGUCACCUCCCCGCUCAGAACUCUCCCCACCACACAGCCCAGCCCCCAUGGCUGGUCAGGACCUCCUGCUGAGAGCCUGUGAACCAGCUGGAGGUGAAAGUGUCCUCUGCAGAGGACUCAGCAGGGCACAGAGCUCCAGCUCCCAGCCACUCUGCCCCUGAUGGUUCUGUGAUGACCUUGGGACCUAGUGGGCAGUGCCGCAUCUCACAGCUAAUAAAGUCUGCACAUUUCAUGUCGGGCUGGGCGUGUAACGUUCCUGAGGGUCCUUGAUUGGGCUGUAACUCUGCCAGCUGUGGUCGCCUCCAAGUCCUUCUCCCAAGGAGCUGUGUGUUGGGGACCUGAAUGUGGCUGCGGGGGGCUUUUAGGCACACUGGGGUGAAGGGAAGCAGAGCAGUGCCGGCUUGGUGGCCAUAGGGAAUCGUGACCACAGCCAGCACUUUUAAGGCACUCACUCUGUGUUUGUGGGCACCAGGCUGACUGUGCUGCAGAUACGAGUUCAUCAACUCUUUAUAACAACCUUACAGGGCCGGUAUUAUCAUCCCCAGUUUAGAGGUGAUGAAUCUGAAGCAGAGAGAGACUAAGAACUUUACCCAAGCAAGAGGGGGAACUUUUUGGGGGUUGUUCUGUUCCUGACCUAAUUGCUGAUUACAUGACUGCGUCUCAGGUUGUAAAAAUAUGUACAGUUUCUAUGUGUAAAUUAUACUUUGAUUUAAAAUAGAGUAUUUUCCAAAAAUAUAGGCAAAGGAGACAUAAUUUCAACCCAGAUGGUCUUGUUUGAGAACACAUGCAGUUAAGUAUCCCACUGAAAUGGACUGUUGUCAAAAAGUCACUGGUCCUGUCCUUUUUCAGUACUCCCUAAAAAAAUUUUGAAAAUGUAUCCCCCAGCCCACAUUUUUAGUUAACAUCUGAAGUAUUUUACUGAUGUGCUUAAAGGGUUGCAAAGGACAUAAUUUACAGAGUAUUGUAAAUAUUGACUUUUUAUAACAUGUUUAAUUUAUAUUGCUUUAUUUCAAUCCCAGUAACAGUGAUUAAGAAGCCAAAAUCAUUCAUUUUAAAAACAGAACAAGCUCUUCUUUAACGUCGUUCCUUUUUUUGUACUCAUCAUUUCACUCUAUUCCAUCCGCAGUUUAUCCAACAUGUAAUUUAUUUCCAUGCUUGAAAGUCUACUACUAAUAACCUUAUCAUAUCUACUUGUAACACAUAUAUAUAAAUUGAAAUUUUAAAAUUGUUUCUAACCUAAGACUUUAAGGGUUACACUUAUUAGUACUGAGUUGUUCAAAACAACAUAAAUAUCUCUAUUUAAAUUUAUUUAUUUAUUUAUUUUUGGUCUUU